AUGGAGGGCUUAACAGGUAGCGAUCUUCUUUGGUUAGAGAAUUACAUCAAAUCUCAAAACUUCAGUUCCUCUGUCAAGGACAAGCAAGACAAUCUGGCUAUUCCAUUUGGAUUAAAUUUUCAGGAAUUUCACGAUACCGAAGUAUCCUUGCCGGUAUUUGGGUACAUAACACCCGUACUGUGUGUGGUUGUCCUAGUAACCAACGUUUUGUUCGUAACGGUCUUUUCCAAGUUGAAGAUGAACUCCCCGACUCAUUUCGUGCUCCGAUGUAUUGCCGUGGUGGAUACUCUGACAAUAGCAUUGCCCACCCCGACCUACAUCUACGCUUACACCUUGAAGAACUACAAAGAGUUCAUUCCCUUUGAGGUUUGUUACGUCUGGGAGUACAUGACGGUUUUUCUUCCGACAAUCACACAUACCGCCUCCCUUUGGCUCACGACGCUCCUUGCAUUACAAAGAUACAUUUGUGUCUCGUAUCCACUGAACGUUCGGCUCUGGUGUGGAGUCAAGAGAACGUAUAUCUUCGUUAUCUUUAUUUUUAUAUUGGCUGCUGGUUGUCAUCUAAGCAGAUUCUUUGAAUACAAGUUCAUCAAAACGAGAGUUCCGUCACUCCUUGAUCCACAAAAAGAGAUAAUCACGUGCUUUCGGACAAACUCGGACUUUGUCGACGGUGUGUAUGUGGUUGUUUACUCUUGGGUGAGGGCUAUUGCCGUAAAUAUUGUUCCGUGUAUGGCAAUGAUUAUCUUCAGCACUAUUAUGCUAGUGCGAAUUCGAGUUGCAGAAAAACAGAGACAUACUAUUCGGCGUAGGAGCACAUUCGGUUCUGGGGAAAACGAACCACGUGACAGUCGUAUUACCACGUGGUUAGUCAUUUUGAUCGUCAACAGCGUGUGUAUCGUUGAGAUGCCAAUUGCAGCAUAUUACGUGAUGGUAGCUACGAAUUUGACCAGGGGAGAAAACCCCAUUUCUGCGAACUCCCACACGAUUGAGAUAAUUUUGAAUUUACUGGUACAAAUUUCCUACCCAAUCCAUUUUGUAUUUUAUUGUACGAUGAGUGAAGGCUUCCGGUCGGCGCUGAUCGUCAUGUUUGUCAAUAGAUAUAGGAACCUCCGACAGAUUUUCAGUAAGGAUGACAACAACAAUGGUCGUACCUCGAGAUCCAUCUCCGUGAUUUCCUCCGAUACCAGAAGUGUGAUUUUCAAUACGCUAUGAUUUUUUAAUGUACGGUGAAUGUUCCCCUCCUUUACUAGGUUGUACAUACAUGUUUAUACAAUGUACCUAACAUUCAAUGUAAGAAUCCUUUCUAUUACCCUCGCUACUUGACAAAAUGCGGUGUGUACAUUCUGACAAUGUUGGUGAUCUAUCGUCUGCACGGAAUAUAAAUUCAGACAAAGUUGGUGAUCUCGUGCCGGCAUGAUGUAUGAAUUCUGACAAAGUUAGUGAUCUAUCGUAUGCACGGUGUUUGAAUUCUGACAAAGUUGGUGAUCUCGUGCCGGCACGGAGUAUGAUUUCUGCAUUUGAUAUUCUUUUUAUCAAAAUUUACAAGAAAUCAAAAUUGAUGUAAUUAACAAGUUUCUGCUGUUUUCCUUGGAAUCCAAAUAUUGCCAUGGAGUUCAAUAUGUAACACUAGCGUACUUCCGAUUAGUAGGUAAAUACAUGUAUUGGGAUUUGGAUGACGCAAAACAUGAUCAGCAGUGAUGGCAGAAUGAAAUAAUGGCAUGGAAAUAUAGCGAUGACACGAAUCUCUUUGAUCGUGCCACCGCGCUAUGAAAUGUCCAGUUUACUGAUCGUGAUGAAACGGUGAAGAUCAAUCUCAUAUACAUAUACUAGUAUAUGUAGAGUUUGAGAGUAGGGUAGGAUAAAGCGGACCCCUGAAAACACCAGAUGUGGAAUCAGGUAUUUAGGAGUAGUAGAUGCUGUCUGAUUUGUUUCAUACCGAUUGUUAGGUCGUUCUUGGCACAUUGAUUUUGACUACGGAUAACUCCGUUUACCUGAUCAGGAUAUAGGGUUCACGGCGGGUGUGACCGGACGACAGGGGAUGCUUACUCCUUCUAGGCACCUGAUCCCACGUCUGGUGUGUCCAAGGGUCCGUGUUUGCCCAACCAUCUAUUUUGUACUGCUUGUAGGAGUUAUGAGAUUGAUCACUGUUCGUUAUCUUCACCUUUCAUCUAGCAUCCCCUAAGGUCCAAAAAUUAAUUUACUCUCUUUUACUUACAGUUAAUGAAAUGGAGUCUGGGGGAGGUUGAAUUAUAGGAGGCCAUAUUUUCAGUAGAAUCAAUGAAGUAGUAAAUUAUACAUUUUAACUUUGUUCUACUCAUUUGAAAAGAAUAAUGAAAGCACUGAUAUUUUUUGAAGUAGAACAAAAAAAAUUUCAAAACUAGGCCUAUGAAAUUUAGACGUUACUGACAAAAGUGAUAGUGUGUUGUAAAUUUCUAUGAUAUUUUGAGCUUUUUGUGGUUAUUUUUUGAUGUUAUACUCCCUAAUCCUUCUGAUCUCCAUGCAAAGUUGUCUAAGACAAUGUAUGAGCCGAUGGUAGAAUAAUUUUCUCUUCUUUAUUAACAACCGACACCUCUGCUUUAUUUCAUAUCGUUAUGUACCUCAUUACACCAAUGUUAUCACAUGAAAAAAUUAUUAUAAACUCUAAGCAGUAGAAGUAUGACAGAAGUAAUGGUGAAUGUGCAAACAUUAUCAGAGGAAAUUCGGUCUGUCUUAGAUUUGCCAUUGUGUAUUAGUUCUGCUUUGCAAAAGAUAGAAAUAUGUUCAUACAUAGUAUUUAAU